AUGAAACACAAGGAUACAAACAGUGGCUUACUACUGACCGAGGAAUCACGAGUGCCUGUUGCCGCUAACACAGAGAUGACUCAGAGUGUUGCCGGAGCUCGGUUGCCGGAUGCAUGGCUUGAUAGCAUCGAUUCUAAUCCAAAUAUUGCACAAAGACAAUCUAUGGCCACAUACAUUAAAGUUGAAGCUGCUGACCUUACAAGUUAUUCUAUAGGGAAGAUUAAGAGACGGACUGCUGAUGUGCUUGAACCAGGGGGUUCUGCAAGCUUUAAGAAGGCGGAAAGGAGUUCUGGUAGUAGAAAGGAAAACAUAUCAGUUGUAACAAAAGUUGUGUUUGAUCAACUAACUGAAGAUGCCAUGAAACUGAUGGAGGAUUCUGAUUACAGUUGA